CCGCGCAAAUGAACACCGACCCAACAGUCGCCGCCAAAAAAUCUGACGUCCUGCAGCGUAUCUCUUUUGUCGUCGUAGUUUUAACGAGUUGCAACGGUUUCUCAUUCUUUCUCUAGCAGUCUAAUCGUGUACAAGUAGUCUUAUAGUAGAUUCAUAGUAAUUCGAAAAAGUUCAUCGAGCAUUUGCUGUCAUUUUUCUUGUGAUUUAGAUUGAAAUCAUCUUAAAUAAAGUGAAAAAAUGUCGGGUCGUGGAAAGGGUGGAAAAACUAAGGGAAAGGCAAAGACCCGUAGCAGUAGGGCAGGGCUACAGUUCCCGGUCGGAAGAAUCCAUCGACUUUUAAGAAAAGGAAAUUAUGCUGAACGCGUCGGUGCCGGUGCUCCUGUAUAUCUCGCCGCUGUGAUGGAAUAUUUAGCGGCUGAAGUACUCGAGUUGGCUGGAAAUGCCGCAAGAGACAACAAAAAAACCAGAAUCAUUCCACGUCAUCUACAGCUAGCUAUUCGUAAUGACGAAGAAUUGAACAAGUUAUUGUCAGGUGUUACUAUCGCUCAAGGCGGUGUUUUACCUAAUAUUCAAGCAGUUCUUUUACCGAAAAAGACUGGUACUGGUGGAGCCGGAAAGGGUGACAAAGCUUCCCAAGAAUAUUAGAUUAAACAUUUAUUAUAUAAAAUAUCUUAGGAAUGCGUCUUAUUCCGGAAACCUGAAAUGUUCACAGGCACAGUUUAUCUUAAUAACAUUGUGUCAAUUGAAUACAUUUGAAUCUUCUAUACUGACAA